UAGCGCGUGCGAUUAAGGGGCGUCCAGAAUUUAAAGCCGCCCGCUUUGCUAAAGAGUUAAAGGCAAAACUAGGCUGGGGGAGAAUAUUUAGGCUAGGAAUAGGGGAUUGCUUAACGUUCCUGGGAAAUGAGGCGCAUUUGCUGAGCUGCCCCGCCUCCGCAAUGCGACCUUUUUGCAGGUCUGAGUGAGUGGGAGACCCCUUUGCAGGGCUCGAGUGAGUUGACGGAGGUUGCCUUGUCAGGAUGCCCCCGCCCCAGGACUUUUCUUCCCCUUUUGGAAAAAAAAGAAGCCCCCCCCCAGUUGGUUUAAUUUUGCAGCAAGAGGCAAAACCAGGGAGGUAAUGCUCUUUUUUUUUCAAGCAAACAAACAAAUGGAGAAGGCGCCAUACAUUGCCAAUGUGGCUUUGGCAAUCGGGUGUGCCUUUUGUGGCAGGGAAGUGCGUGUAACAGGCUGUUUAACUGGAACAAACGAGCACCACACUUUAUAGCAGGGGUAUCCGACCUUGGCAACUUUAAUCCCAGGGGAAUUCUGGGAGUUGGUGUCCACAAGUCUUGGAAGUUGCCAAGGUUGGACACCCCUGGUUUAUAAGAAAAGAGAAGUAGUGAAGACUUCAAGAUAUCCCAGGGCUGACUUCUCCAUAAAGCAAACUCUGGAAAGAUUUUGAAAUCUCAAAUUGUGCCACUUCAGCUUUAUUACAUAAUUUGCAGUUUUACAGACUUAAGUCUGUGAAAACUUUUGUUCAGUGCAUUAGCUAAAUAGGUCCUUCAUAUUUAAAGACAGUAUACCUUGAAAUAACUGCCAAUAACAGGAAAAAAAAUAUGCACUCUUAUGGUCGGCCAGUAGAUGAAAAUAACGGGUGCCUUUAAAAAGGCCUUUGUCUGAACAGACAUAAGGUGUGUGUCCUCCUCCGUCCCUCUCCUCUGUCCCAAGAGUGCAGCUUCUUCAUUUUGCCAGCUAUUUUGGUCUCACAAAAGUUUUAAUUAAGGGAGAUGUUUCUCUCUCUCUAUUAAUACUGUACUGCAAUAUUUUCUCAGGACAAAAGAUCAAUAUUUCCUAAAGCUAGUCUGGUGAGGUAAGGAUGUUGUAAUAAAUAGAUACUAGGUGUGGCCCACAUAAAGACUGAAGCUGCAUCUAAUGCUGUCUGGGUGCUCUGCAUUUUACAAUUCAAAGCACAAUCUAGACAGUAUUUAAUGAGAGCAAAGGAUAAUUGUGCAGUAGAUGGGACACGAUGGAGUCAAAUAGUAAAUAUUUGUAUCAGCAACACAGAGACAUACUGUAUUGUUGAAUACAUUUUUCUGAAGAGUAUUUUACUAAGGGAAUGUAUCUGUGUGAGAUUGCUGACAUCCAUAAGUUUAUGUCAUGUACUUCAUUGUGAAUGUUCCCAGUUCACUAGAUACUUGAUAGUAGGAACCACUAUGUUUAUUUUUGUCUUAAUUAUCCUUAUCCUAUUUUUUGUAAUAUUAUGACAAGAUUCCAGAAAACAAAAAUCUGUGUUGUAAAUAUUUUUCCUCCCUGCUCUAUGCUGCGGUUAGUUGUUUAUAAUAUAGCAACACUUUCAACUGCAUAAGAAUUUAUUAUUUUUAAAAUUCAUAACAGCUUCCCUGCUUGUUGCAGUAUGAUUACUAUAGGACUAAUGCUGUUAGAUCUAGACUGCAAAAAUCCUAAGGACCAUUAGAUAGCAGCCAAUAGUUACAUUUUCUAGAUUUCUUUGCUGCCAUCUAUUGGUUUUUCAGAGUUUUGCAGCCCAGUUUGGUAACCUUUCUGUUAUCCAGUAAGGCAGAAAGUUUCAAAGAUUUCCAGGCUGUGGAACCUGUUUGUUAAGAUUUUUUUUUCCCUGGAACCCUUCAAUCAAGAGGUCAAAGCUUUUGUGGCAUAGAUUGUGAUUGAGUGAACUUUUUUUCCUCUUUAAUUUCUUCUGGAGCUCCAUCAAGUUCUCACAGAAUCUUGAGUCUGGCAGAAAACAGUUUGAAAAAGCUUGCACUAGAUCAUGAUAGUGCUUUUUUUAAAAAAAAUAUUUUUAAAAAAGUCCUAGCUUUAUUUUUUUUAUAAAUAACUCAAGAUGGCGAAUAUACAUGAUACUCCUUCCUUCUCCUAACAACAACCUUGUGAGAUCUUUGCACAAUGCCAGUAACCCGCUCAAAAUCAGUGGGCAACACCAGUGCCCUGACCUCUCCCUUGGGAAUUGUUCGCCUCCUGGAAGCCCUUUUCACCUGUGUGGCCUUCAGCUUGGUGGCCAACCGGGAGGCCUGGUCUGGCCGCAAUGGAGACUGGUGCAUGUUUUCCUGGUGCGUCUGUUUUGCCAUCACCAUUGUCAUCUUGGUGGUCGAGUUUGUCGGCCUUCAGCAUCGCAUGCCGGUCUCUUGGAAGAACUUCCCCAUCACUUUCGCCAUGUAUGCCACCCUAAUGUGUCUCUCUGCUUCCAUCAUCUACCCGGUAUUCUUCAUUUCGAAUCAGCGUCUUAGUCGUGACGAGCGGGGAUACCGCAUUUCUGCCACCGUGUUUUCUUGCCUUGCCUGCCUGUCUUACCUCACCGAGGUCAGCUUAACCAAAGCUAAGCCAGGAGAAGUGACCGGCUAUAUGGCAACAGUCCCAGGGUUGCUAAAGGUAGUGGAGACCUUUACUGCCUGCAUCAUCUUUGUCUUCAUAAGUGACCCACCUACUUAUGACCAGCCAGAUGCUCUUAAGUGGUGUAUGGCGGUCUACUGCAUCUGUUUCAUCCUCUCACUUGUGGUGAUUAUCCUCUGCAUUGGCGAAUGCACUGGCUGGUUGCCGUGUCCAUUCAACAAAUUCCUCAGCGGCUACACUUUAUUGGCUGUGCUCAUGUAUGCCACCGCCACAAUUAUUUGGCCUCUCUACAAGUUUGACCAGAAACAUGGGGGAUAUCCAUCUCGAAGCUCACUCUGUAGAGGUAGCGAAUUCUGUGUAUGGGACAAGAAUGUUGCCGUAGCUGUUCUAACAGCUAUCAAUCUGCUGAUGUACCUGGCGGAUCUGGUGUAUUCUGCACGGUUGAUUUUCAUCCAGGGGUAGACAGAGGCUGGCAGUAAGGAGAAUCAAGGCAGCAGUGUACAAAAGAAGGGAAGUGGAAAGAGAAGAAGGGGUCAUGCUUUUCUCUCUUUUGUUCUGAUUUUUCCUUUCUUCUGUCUCUCUCCUCUGCCUGCAGUCUCAGACUAAUUCAUUCUGUUUCUCUCCUGCCUUCUCAGUUACCUUGUUCUUAGCCUAGAUUUAUGCUCUGUGCUUGCCACACAAUAAUUCUUUUCCUCUCUCUCCAUCCUGAGCCUAUUGCACAUAAUAGCCAAAUGAUCAUUUGUUGCAUGCAGAGCUUGGGAUGGCUCACAAAUUCUUCUGCCUAAUCAUCUUUGGCUAUUCCCACGCAUGUGUCUUCGCCAGUUUAGUUCGUUCAUAUUCCGAGGCAUGAGGAGGCUUAGGGCUAUUAAAGGUGGUGUUGCUUGGUGCCAGUCGAGGGGGAAAAAAGCAGAGAGAGAGAGGGCACACACUAUACUUGAUGGGGAGACUCCAGGAUGCAGGUUGUCCUCGACUUACAACAAUUCAUUUAGUGACUGUACAAAGUUACAAUGGCCCUGAAAAAAGUGACUUACGACCAUUUUUCAUACUUAACCAUUGCAGCAUCCCCAUGAUCAUGUGAUCAAAAUUCAGAUGCUUGGCAACUGAUUCACAUUUAUGACGGCUGCAGUGUCCCAGGAUCAGGUGAUCAGCUUUUGACAAGCAAAGUGAAGGGGGAAGCCAGAUUCCCUUAAUAAACUUGUUAUUAACUUAACACUGCUUAGUGUUAAGUCAUUCACUUAACAACUUUGGCAAGAAAAGUGUAAACUGAGGCAUAGCUCACUUAACAAAUCCCUCAUUUAGCAGUAGAAAUUUAGGGCUCGAUUGUGGUCGUAAAUCGAUGACUACCUGUAUUCUCAUAAAAAUCCAUUUCCUAACAUUUUCCUUAAAUUACUAAGCUUGCAGUUAGGUUUCCUAUUCUCUGUCUUUCUCACCCUGGCUACCCUCUAUCCAGACCGCUAACUUCACGACAACCACCACCAGCCAGUCAGAUUCAGAGGAAACGUAUGCAGCUAAAACAGGAACUUUGCUUAGCAGAGAAGAAGAAUUUAGAGCAUUCUUGAUGUACAUAUUUUAUUUGGCCUUAAAAAAAAUAUUCCUCCAUUUCAGUGCCUUAAAAAUAUUGGGUUCCUCUUUCUGUCCUCAUGCAAAGAAACCCCUUUGCCCUUGCCAAAUAUACUUGCUGUUUUCCAUUAUGAAUAUGUAUUUGGGGUGGGGGGAGGGUAGAUGUUUACAGUAGAGCCAUUGGCUGCUUGCAUUUUCCAUUGGGAUGAAGGGGGACUGCACAGAAGCAGCUCUAGAUGGGUGGUUUGCUUUGCACCAUCGUGGAGGGUUUAUUCUCCAUGGUUGCUCGGGGAGAAAUUAACUGUACAGUAAUGGAUUCAUGUCUGCCUGUAAACCUGCAAUAGAAAUCCAGCUGUGUCCUGCAAAAUGAUUUAUGCAGGACCUGUUGAGGCUUGCAGUAACUUUACUUUAAAAAGGCAGUUCUCUCUCUCUCUCUUUUUUUUUUCUUCAAAAGUCAACAGGUUACAAGGAACACUAUGAUUUGGGGAAAUGGAAAGCCACUUAUUUGUGAUUGCACCAGGCUGAAAAAUAACAACUGCAGUGGAGCAACAUUUAAGUAAGGGUUAAAAAUCCUUGCUUUCAAGUUUCUUAACAAAUAGAUUGUUUUACAGAAAGAUAGCGUAAAUUGUUUUUCUUUACAUUUUCUUUACAUUUUGAUGUUUUUUUAAAGUGUCUAUAAAGACAUCCUCUGUUUUUUAAAUAAAAAAAGCAUAGUAGAAAAAUACAUGCUUUGCAAAGUAUUAAAUAUAUAACUUCUGGCUUCUUUAUGGUUGCUAAUCUAGUAAAAAAAAAAUUUAAUAUUCCAAGCACUUGGUAUUAGAUAAUAUUGCUUUUCAACUUCGUAUUUCAGAAAACAUCAGUCUUUUCCAAUUAGGUCAGCAAUAGAAGUUAUUUGUAUGUGUUUCUACUGCAUUUACCAUUCUGUUUUAAAAUAAAAAUACUUGUAACAACAUACAGCGUAGGUAGAAAUGUUAGCUUCCUUCUUGUCUCAAUUAUCCGCAACUUCAUCUACAAUGUGUUUAUUAUUUUUUGAAAUAUGCAAAUCCAUGUAUGUAUAAAAAAUAAAGGAGCAAUGUUACAA